AUGCGAUCGAAAGAGACAGGGAAGCUGUUUUCAGAGACUGCACCAAAUGCGAGAGACGUGGUUACGGUCAAAAGUGGAGGCAAGCUGCUGGAAGCUAUGGUUAUUGCGACAGGUGGUAAGUAGGGACGCCUUUUCCAAUCUUUUUCUUGAUCAUUGAUAAAUGCAUCUAACGGAUGUUUUGCUGCAUUUCAAGUUUUUGUUAUACAUGUAAUUGUUGUUCCCCUUUAAGGCUUUAUAACGCUUGCAUUUUCUCAAUUUUUAGAUAACGAAGAUAACCUUAACAAAGAGGAAAGGGCUUUCGUUGAGAUGAACGCAGGGAAUUUUGACCCGAACCUGUUUCUCCAGAAAAGAAAAGAACCAACGAAGAUAAGGAUGCUAGUACGUCGAAAAAACGAAAAGCUUCGAGUGACGAGGUAAGACUGUAAUGUCGAACAAUUUUUCACCAAGAUUCAUCAAAAGAAAAAUUACAAUUCGCCACUUAUUUUGUUAACAUGUUUGCUAUGGGAAACCGCGGUCUUUCUGAUGUACAAAGUUGUUUCGAUACAAGUCGUUUUGAUACGACCUCAAGCAUUAAAGUUAUUCAAAAAUUUCCAUCACUUCAAGUAUAGUUUGUGCAUGAAAAAGGAAAACAUUUUGGGUGAAUAUUCUUCCUCCUGUAAGCCAAGUAACGUGAAAAUUCUUACAAUUCGACUGAAUGAACUUGUAUCGAAACGACCAGUAACCACUCUUUCACUGGUUUUACUGUUUUUGUUUGUUUUUUUGUUUUCAAUAGUUUUAUUCAUAACUAUUAGCAGAAACUCAUAAGGAAUUGUUCAACCCCUUACCAGUUUCGGUUAUUAGUUAUUAUUAGUUGCGAGUACCUAGCACGAGCGUCCAGUUACUUUUCUUGUAGUCAUGAGACAUUUGGAAAGAACACGUUAUUGCAAAUCUUACUUGUACCUGUAGUAUAGAGACGUUACGUUGCACGAAAAUAAUCUCGCAGCCAGUCUACGUUCUCUUAUCUGCUGAAUUCGGCAAUUCUGACAAGACAAUAGGGAACCAUCUCUGCCAUCACCGCUAUCCACCUUUGAUCAGAAUGCCCCAUUUGUGCAGCGCAGAGACAGCAGUCAUAGCCCCAUAGAUGAUCACCAGUGAAAGGUUGAAUCAAUAGUUUCCUUUGGAAGUAACAUUAUUACAACUGCUAUGGCCUACGUAGACGUCCGGUUUACCGACAAAGAAUUGGCUAACAGCAACACUUCUGGGUCUAAUGGCUAUCAGCAGUUGGAUGAGUUAAAGCACCUUUUUCUAGAGUCGACGCUCCGUCGGAAAUUUGAUUCUCCAGUUUUUACUAGCCAGUGGGAGAGUGUUCGAACACACAUCAACACCAAAUGCAGGGGGAAAAGACGAACUGUAAUUAGAAGACCACAGAAAAAUACAAAUCUUUAACUGGACUUUCUUAAGAAACAAUAUAACAUUGCAAUGUAUGUAGUUCAGUAAACCGAUAAACCAAUUUCGGUUCCGUACAUAUCAGUGUAAAAAAUUAGAUUGGGCCAUUUUGUUUUCCUUGCUUAAGUCUAUCUGAAGUUCUUGAGCGAAAAAUAUUGUAUGUUUUAUGAUUAAGAUGUUUGUGACAUUUAAAAUAAACUAAGAUUGGGAGGAUCAGACUUGCAUAUCUUGGCAAUUCUUUGUUUUUAAAUACAGUCGACUCCCGAUAGCUCGAACCUUCAAGGGAAAUCGAAAAAAGUUCGAGUUAUCGGGAGUUUGAAGCAAAUAACAGGAAGUAAGGAAAUAAGCAAAUGGAUGAGAAGGAAAGGCAAUUAACCAACAAAGUAUAUAGGAAUGGACACUGAAUUUGAACUGGAGUGACAAAAAGGUAAAGACAAAGAAUUUACUUGGUUGUUUUUGAAAUAAAUUCAAUGUUUCGGACUUCAGUACACGGUUUUUUUCCCGACUUGUCACGCGCUUAUGACAUGGUUUGAGUUAUCGAGGGUAAAAUUGUCUAGAAAUGAGCUGAAGGGACACAAAAAUUACUUCAAGUUAGCGGGAGGUUCGAGUUACCGAGGGUAAAAUUGCAGUAAAUGAAAAGGAAAUCCAGGGGAAAUUGACUUUGGGUUGAGUUAGCGCGGGUUCGAGUUAUCGGGAGUCAACUGUAUUUUGCUGACGUAGUCGGGAGCGAUUUGGUUAGCCGUUGAAAUUUGAUUCCUUUCCCCUGGGAUCUUUUAACAUUCAGCUCGCAACAGAAUGAUUGAAGCAGGAUUGAAGCAGAAGCAAUGCUCACUAAUUUGAAGCAUCAAAAUGAGAGGAACAAACAAUUUUCUUUGGUCGAGAGUUCCUUUCAGAAAAGAGAUGUUUGAAAGUUUUUAUUAGCGAACAGGUAACAGUGCCUCAGAACACGGCAGACACUUACAAAAUGUUCUUGUGA